GAGAGAGAAGAAAAGAGUGGUCAUCCACACAAACCCUUCCCCUUAAAAAAAAAAAAAAGAUCUCUCUCUUUCACCAUUAAAAACCAAAAUUCAGAAAAACACAUAAGCAGCAAAAUUAAAGAGCUUUUACUGAGCCACCAAACACAGAAUUUCAUAAAACCCCAAAAUAGUUAAACUCCAAAAACACACCCCCACACACAAAAGAUUCAAUCUUUCUCAUUACCCCCCUCAUAUCUCAAAAUUCCCAUAAAAUCUUUUCCUCCCAAAAGAAAUAAAAAAAACCUCUUCUUCUUUACUAAAUCAAACAAAAUGAUUUGAUUCUAAAACCAAAAGUUUCCUUCUUUUUCUUCUUCCACCAAAACAAAAAGUAAUGGUUUUUUCUACAGUGAAGCAGCUCUUGUCACUAUGCAUCAUCAUCAUCAUGACUCUGUUCUCAGAUCUCAAGCUAGCAAAAUCGUCUUCACCAGAGUACACAAACCUAAUCUACAAAGGCUGUUCAAGACAGAAAUUACCAGAUCCGUCUGGUCUAUACUCACAAGCUCUCUCUGCAAUGUAUGGCUCAUUGGUCACUCAAUCAGCGAAAACAAGAUUCUACAAAAUCACAACCGGAACUUCGAGCCAGUCUAGCAUCACUGGUCUUUUCCAGUGUAGAGGUGACUUGAGCAACAACGACUGUUACAGCUGUGUUCGUCGUCUUCCUGUUCUCUCUGGUAAGCUCUGUGGCAAAACCAUUGCUGCUAGGAUUCAGCUCUCCGGCUGUUACCUUCUCUACGAAAUCUCUGGCUUUGCCCAGAUUUCAGGGAUGGAGAUGAUAUUCAAGACAUGUGGGAAGAACAACGUCGCCGGAACAGGAUUCGAGCAGAGGAGAGACACAGCGUUCGGGGUGAUGCAAAACGGUAUCGUUCAAGGUCACGGCUUCUUCGCUACAACGUACGAAUCGGUAUACGUUUUGGGACAAUGCGAAGGCGACGUAGGGGACUCAGAUUGUAACGGCUGCAUAAAAAACGCGUUGCAGAGAGCACAGGUGGAGUGUGGAAGCUCAGUGUCUGGUCAGAUAUAUCUUCACAAGUGUUUUAUCGGUUAUAUUUACUACCCAAAUGGUGUUCCCAAGACCUCUUCUCCUUAUCCUAGCUCUGGCUCUUCUUCUUCCUCUUCUUCUUCAGGAACAACAGGGAAAACGGUGGCAAUAAUAGUAGGAGGAACAGCUGGUGUUGGUUUUCUUAUCAUUUGUUUGCUUUUCGUCAAAAACUUGAUGAAGAAGAAAUACGACGAUUAUUGAAUAUAAAUAGGAUGAAGACAACAAAUUGAAUCCAAACCCGGAAAUAGAGGCAACAAAGUUAAAUGUGAACUCCGAGGUUGCUUGCAAAUUAAUUCACCAUUUUAAUUUUAUUUUUCUUGAAAUUGUUAUUCUAUUUCUAUUGGUUUUUUGGUAGAUGGAAAUUGUGGUGGGAUUGAACAAAAAAAAAUAUGUUAGAAGAGGGACAACAAAGUACUUCAAAUUUGUUUUUUUUUUAAAUGUAAAUGAUUCCUUUUUAUCAUCUCAAGAUCCUUAAUUUCCAGCUU